AUACCCAGCUCAGGAGGAACACUUGAAGGCAGCAAAAGUUUAGAACAGAGUAGUGAUAUAUCUGUGGACAUGGAGGGAAACAAGAGCAGUACGGAUACAAAUUUUGCUCCAGACCCAGGGUGGGCAGGUACAACACAUGAUGCCCCACGUGACCCCAUCUCAGAGGAAAUAAUCAGCAGACAGCUGAGUGAACAGGGCCGGUUUGCCUUUGCUGCACUGUGCGGCGUCUCUCUGGGCCAGUUGUUUACUGGGACUGAAAACAGUGUGUUCAGGGAGCAGUAUCUGCAGGGCUUAGUCCAAUGGCUGAACCUGGAUGAGUCCGUAAUGCCAGUUAUGGGAGCUUUCCUGUCCGGCCUGGGCUGUGAAGGCAACGACACCUUCCUAUCCAUCUUACAGGCCGAACCACUGCUGGCUUCUGGGGCCACCCCCAUUGUACAGGAUCUGGUGACUUUUUCUGUCAAAGAUGGCCAGUAUGAUGCCAGAUCGAGGGUUCUCGUCCGUCAUGUCAGCUGUCUGCUACGAGUCCUUCCACAGCAGCUGGAGGAGUUUGAAGGAACACUGGGAGAAAGGUUGAGGGAAGGAGGAGAGGAGAGCGAAGAGGAGUCCUCUCGGCGACGGAGAAGAGAAAGAGGGCGAAAGUUACGACGCUACCUCCUCAUUGGACUGGCGACCGUGGGUGGAGGAACAGUGAUUGGUGUGACAGGUGGGCUGGCAGCCCCCUUGGUGGCAGCAGGGGCCGGUGCUGUGCUGGGGGCAGGCGGGGCUGCUGCUCUGGGCUCAGCCACUGGCAUCGCAAUCAUGGCCUCCCUGUUUGGAGCAGCAGGAGCUGGACUGACUGGCUAUAAGAUGAAUAAGUGUGUCGGAGCAAUAGAAGAAUUUGAAUUCCUGCCACUGAGCUCUGGGAAACAUCUUCACCUGACCAUCGCCGUGACAGGGUGGCUCUGCAGUGGUAAAUAUGGGUCGUUCCAGGCCCCAUGGUGCAGUCUGGGCGAGUGCGGGGAACAGUACUGCCUGGUGUGGGAGUCCCGUUUCCUCAGGGAUCUGGGCUCAGCCAUGGCCUCUCUGUUGGACGGGCUGGUCAGCAUGGUGGCCCAGGAGGCACUCAAGUACACGGUGCUGUCAGGCAUCGUGGCGGCUCUGACAUGGCCUGCGUCUCUGCUGGCAGCAGCCAGUGUCAUCGACAACCCCUGGUGUGUUUGUCUGAACCGCUCAGCAGAAGUGGGGAAACACCUGGCCCAGGUUUUAAGAAGCAGACAGCAGGGGAAGCGGCCUGUCAGCCUCAUAGGUUUCAGUCUUGGGGCCAGAGUUAUUUAUUACUGUCUCCAGGAACUUGCCAAUGACCAAGGUAGUGAAGGAGUAGUAGAGGAUGUAGUCCUCUUGGGGGCCCCUGUGGACGGCUCUGAAAAGGCCUGGGAGAGAAUGACCCGGGUUGUGGCUGGAAAAAUAGUCAACGGCUACUGCAGAGGGGACUGGCUUCUGGGGUUCUUGUACCGAAGUUCAGCUGCACAGCUGUGUGUUGCGGGGCUACAGCCAAUCAACAUCCAGGAUCGGCGUAUAAUCAAUGUGGAUCUUUCCUCUGUGGUGAAAGGUCACUUGGACUACAUGCGUCAGAUGGACACCAUCCUGGUGGCAGUGGGAGUUCCCACCAAGGAGGUCCCAGGAGCUGCCUUUGCUCUUCCUCAGCUUGUAACAUUUACAAAGGGGACAGAGGAAAUCCCUGACCAAACCCCCGAUGACCAACAAGCGACUGAGACACAAACCCAAGCUGAGGAGGCUGAGAAAGGAGACGUGAAAGAGCUGGCAGAGACGGAGGGUGACGGCUGGGAAAUCCCUGAUAUUUCAGACCUGCUGGACUCAUUAAAUGACACAGAAUCAGACAGGAACAAUUUAGCACUUACUUCUGAAGAGACUGCACCUAAUGACGACCCAGCGUCUGAUUUUAACGUUGCAGAGGGGGCUGACCCUGAUAAUGAACACAUAUCAUGGAGCUGGGAUGACACACACUGGACAACAGAGCACACACACAAACAAAGGCAGCCAAACUUGUAAAGAGCAUGUUACUGGACCAGCUGCUUCCCUGUAAAAUGUUGCCUUCUCAAGUUUGUUCAGCAUCAAAGCUUUGUCGGAGAAAAUAUUCAUUCCAUUCCCAUCACACUGACACGCAGAGAUGGCCAAAGAUCCCUGAAUUAACUGCUUUGUUUAACCAUGAAGUGUUGUUUUUAGUCUUUAAUUUAAGAACAACUUUAACUUUUGUAAAUGAAGUACUUUUUUUA